UAUGGCAUGGAAGAAACGACUUCAAUAUAUUUGCGGGAAAUGUUGGCAAAAUAUCUCGGAAUUCCACAAUUUCCAGGAGUCGGUAAUUGAGGCGCAGAGGGGCCUACACCUGAAAGAAGUUAGGAACGUUAAUUUCAAGCCUGAGGAGAAUAUAAAUCAGCACGAAAUUCAACUGGAGUUGCAUAAUGCCCAGAAAUUUAGCGUUAGCACUGAAGAUCUAAUGAAACCUACAGCCCUUACCUUUGAUAUAAAAACUGAAGAACCUUUGGAUCUCUACAGUGAUUACGAUGGGAUGUCGUCUCAAGGCCUAGAGCAGUUGACAGAUGAAGAAAUAUCUCGGUUGUCCUUCAUGUCCAGUAGAGAAGAAAAUACAUUCUUACAGAAUGACGAUGAAUCCAAUGAAGAUUGCAGCUCGAAUGAUGAUCUGCCCUUAUCAUCUUUGAGCCAGACUAAACCGAGCUCUUCAGUUCAAAAAAUUCUUGCUUCAAAAAAGUCUGUAGAGGAGUUUGAUACACUGGUAGCUUUGUGGCGAUCCUCCUUGAAAUGUGAAAUUUGCCAUCGGCUGGUGGCCAGCUAUUCCCAGUUGAAAGAACAUUUUAGCAAAAACCAUGCUCCAGAAGGUUGUUACCUUAUGUGUUGCCAAUUGAGGUUGGAAACUCGUUACGAUAUUGACAGACACAUACGCUAUCAUAAUGCGCCGCAACACCUGAAAUGUGAGGCCUGUUGCAAGGCUUUCCGUAUACGAGCAUAUUUAAAACAUCACCAAAGGAAAGUCCACACCAGCAAGGGAAAAGAUGAAAAUGCUAAAGAUACCAAGAAAUUGGAAGGGAAAUAUAGAUGCUGCAAUUGCUCAAAGACGUUUGGGACGCACAAGCAAUUGGCCCAACACAAUCGUUAUGUCCAUAAACCCAAGAAUUUUGAAUGUAAAUUUUGUGAAAAACCCUUUGUGCGUCGGGAUGCAUUGCUUGAGCAUAUGGCUAGCCACACAGGCGAAAAGACGCAUGCCUGCUCCUUUUGUUCCAAGUCGUUUACCUGGCGAUCUAGUUUCUGCCAACAUAUGAAAAAAUAUCAUCCCCAUGAAUGCAGUAAAGUCCAAAGAGAGACUCGCCAUUUGGCUAGCAACACAGGCGAGAAGGCGCAUGCCUGCUCAUUUUGCCCCAAGGCAUUUACCUGCCGAGCUAAUUUUCGCCAACACAUGAGAGCUUGUCAUCCACAAGAGUGGAAUGAGAUACAAGGCAGGUCCCAAGGAGGAACUCAUAAAGGGCAUCGUCGAGAAAUUCGGGGAGAGAAUAUUGUUUAUGUUUGCACUUAUUGUUCCAAGGAGUAUGAAAAACUUAAUGCCAUAUACAAACAUGUCAGGCGAUGUCAAGGAGACGAUAGACCAAUACAGGCUAAAAAAGGUUAUCGGCGAGAAACUUGGGGAGAGCAUAAAGUCUAUGUUUGCAUUUUUUGUUCCAAGGAGUAUGAAAAGUGGACACACAUGCACUAUCACCUCUAUAAAUACCAUAGAAACGAAGAAGCUUUAGCGAAGCAGCCACCAAAAAUUUCUAAACCCCCAACGCCAGCUGAGCGAGAGCAACCGAUUCAUAGUCGAAGAACUCGAAUCAGUCAAGUCUCGGGGAUUAUAGCGCCAACGAAGACAACUGAUGUAACCAACAAAACUCCAGAUAGAGAAGAUAAAGAAGGAGAUACCAAAAUGGCCUCUAUAGAGGGAAAACAAUUGGAGGAAGCAAAUGCAGCAAAGAUUAAUGUGAAAACCGAACGAUUUUCAGCCGAUACAAAUGCCCUGGAAAAUGAGGAAAUCAAUGAAAAUGAUAUGUCACCAGUGCUUAAAGAUGCUACCUGGGAAAGUCAAGAAUUCAUAAAAUCCGAAAAAGCGUUCAUUUAGCUAUACACAGACACUUAAAACCUUAAUAAGUUAAAAUAUUGACCAAACAAAAAAACAGCAAAAACAAAAGUUCAUAUCUUUGUUGCCGAAAAUCUUUACAAAUGACUUUUAUUCGCU